GUAACAUUACUUGUUCCUCCAAAACUAGAAAGAAUGUGUGUCAAAAAUAUAUAUAAACAACCACUCCAAAACUUUCUCUGCUCCUAUACCAACUAUAAAUGAGAGAAGAUAUGCUCGAUGUGAAUCUUGUUUUAAAGGUCUAUGUCCAUAUAUGACACACAUGUGCUAACGUGUCAAUAUUCAGACGGUGAAGAAAAUUGAAGAUGUGACCACAAGGUUUGUCAUUACUUAUGUCCUAUAGUUUUGCACUAUGCUAAUUUUUUUUAGUCCUAUAGUUUUAAACUAUGCUAAUUUUUUUUAACUCGAUAUCCAAUCAAAAAAUCGAUUAAUUCGACAGGAUCAAUCUCACCAUCUAUUUGUAGGGGCUCCGUUUUAAGCCAAAGUAAAGUUUUGUAUGGACUUGUCCAUCGAAAUUGGUACCAGAGGAAAUUGAAUCCGAACCUUUGAGAGGAGCACACUCUAAGAUCCCAAGCUAACUACUAUGCCGACCCAAAUAGGUUAUGCACUAUGCUAAUGAUCUUGUUCAUUCAACAAAUCAUAAAGUUGAAAACUCCAACUUUAGAUUUACCUCAAAUUAACUCUCUAAUAGCUUUAGAAAAUGCAUUUAUCGACAUCAAUGUAGUGACAUUGUAGUGCAGAAGUACCAAGCUGUAGUGGUAAAGGAGAACAUAUACUUUAAUGGUUAUCAUCUCCACCACACACUCAUCAAUCACAUUAUGAUAUUACUUCAAUAAUGCACAUGGUUGUGAAUCUCAACCACACUCUAUCUGCCACGUUUUUGAACUUUAGCAAUCAACCACAUAUUUCAUCACACCUUAUCGUCUUUAUUAACCAUUGAAUUUGCAACUUGCAAACCAAUCCAACACACCUCAAUUGGAGACUGUUCUUCCCUCACCCCUCACUUGAAACAUCUCAUUCUUUCCUUUUUACACAAACAUGGAGACUGUUCUUUCCAAACACUCACCACCUUCUGCCUUCAAGGGUGUGAGCAAGGAAGAAGAAGAAUCAUUGCUUGGACAAAUUGAAAUAUGGAAAUACAUGACACAAUUUACAGACUCUUUUGCUCUAAAAGCUGUCGUGGAGCUACGCAUAGCCGACAUUAUAGACCGUUAUGGCAAACCAUUAUCCUUAACUCAAAUUGUGCAGAAUCUUGAAGAUGCACCCUCCCCUGAUUCCACUCUACUUUUAAGAGUAAUGAGAGUCAUGGUUCGUAGAAAGAUUUUCAGUGCAGAAAAAUCAGAAACCGGCGAAAUUCUCUAUGGCUUGACACGUGCAUCGAAAUGGAUCCUACAAGACACAAAAAUGACAUUGGCACCAAUGUUGUUGCUAGAGAAUCACCCUUUUCAUUUGAACCCUGCUAACUUUAUUAGUGAAAUUAUAAAAGAAGGCACCAAAAAUGGCACUGCUUUCUUUAGGUGUCAUGGUCAUGAACAAUUUGAAAUGACGGGGUUGGACUCAAAAUACAAUGACUUGUUCAACCAAGGUAUGGUUUGCACCGCUAGAAUUGUGUCGAGGGCUGUUAUUGCUGGAUACAAAGACGGGUUUAACCAAAUUAAGUCUUUGGUUGAUGUUGGUGGGGGUAUCGGAGGAUCUCUCUCCGAGAUUGUUAGAGCUUAUCCUCACAUUCAAGCUAUUAACUUUGAUUUGCCUCAUGUGGUUUCAACGGCCCCUAAUUUUGAUGGUAUCACCCAUGUUGGAGGAGACAUGUUCGUGUCAGUUCCUAGUGCUGAUGCUAUUUACAUGAAGUGGAUUCUUCAUGACUGGAGCGACGACCAUUGCAUAAAGAUAUUGAAGAACUGUAGAAAGGCAAUACCAGAGAAAACAGGAAAGGUGAUCAUUGUGGAUCAUGUAUUGGACCCAGAAGGAAAUGAACCAUUUACCGACACUGGGAUAGCAUUUGACAUGAUGUUGCUUGCUCACAAUGCUGGUGGUAAAGAAAGAACUGAAGAGAACUGGAAAUACCUAUUCAACGAGACAGGAUUCCCUCGUUACAACAUCAUCAAAAUCAAUGCUCUGCCAUGCAUCAUUGAGGCAUUCCCAAUCUAAAUUCAUGGAAGAUGAUGAGUUUGUUGGUUUUAUGACGACGAUGAUGAUGAUUUCGUAUGUGUUGUGUUGUGUGGCUUUACUUGGAGUUUUGUUAGCUAAGGCAAAUACUCCUUUUGUGUAUCAUAAUUUGAAUAAAAAUGCUGCUCACCACCUAGAGCUAGCUGUGAUUCAUGCAUGGGGGGAGGCUUUUGGUUCCAUCAGCAGAUCAGAUAGCAGAGUGUUGUGUGAGUGUUAAGAAUCUAUUGUUCACUUGUUAAUGAGUUUGAUGAAUUAUAAUUUGUGUUCAACAUUUUCUUC